GGGCAGGAAGCAAAGCUUUAAGGAGCAUGUGACGUCCCUGGGGAGCACCCUGGGGCCUGCCACCCACACUCCACCAAGACAAGCAGUAAACCUAGCUGUAGAGGUCUGUGGACUGCUGCCUGAUGUGUGUGUGCUGUGGGGGGCCUCACUCUCUAGCCUUGAAGACUGCUUAGGGAAGGCCUCCAGGAAGAAGCAGCAGCCUGUGGCAGUGCAGUGGUAAGGGCUGCCCAGAAGGGCACUGAUCUGAAGAAACACAACUCAGGAAGUAAAGGCAAGAACCCCCGGGGUGGAGUUGCCCAGACUAGACUCAAUGGGAACGACGGGGUUGGUGGACUCAGCCAGGGUGGGCCCAGGUGGGGUGAGGACAGAAAGGAGAGCCUGAGUGUUAGGGAUAUUUCUGAUUGGCCUGGGUGUAUACCUCAGUGCUAGAGCGGGUGUCUUAGCAUACCCUACACCCUGGAUUGAUCCCAGGACUGCAAGAGACACAUAGGCCUCAGAGUGGCUGCCAGGAGUUUAGCAAUCUGGAAAGAGAAGGGGCCAAGGAUGGGACCAGGGCUAUGCAGUUCCUGUCCUUGGGGUACAUAGCUGCCUGGGAAUGGGGGAGGGUUCAGAGCUCAUGACUCAGGGCAUCCACCGUGUGGUCAGUGUGGUCACACAGUCACACCCAGCUGAUGCAGGUCCAUGUGCAAGAGGCAGUACCCCCUUUCCUGCCCCCCUCCCAUAGCCUCAAGAUCCCAAUGGCAGUGUGCUCCCUUUGGAACAGCAAGAACCCCAAGAGGUUUAUUCUGACUACUGUCUCCUAAGUGAAGACCAAGCUCCCCUCCCCCAGCCCCCGAAGCUGUCUCUGGACAGAGGGAGGGGGAAGUGGCCAGAAGGGGAAGUAAGAGGAGUUCCUGUCCAGCCUGUCACCAGUUUCCUCGGGACUUCAGAACAGCCGUGGCCAUGGAGUCUGUGGAAACCCCUGUCAAGGAUGGCAUCCUCUACCAGCAGCAUGUGAAGUUUGGCAAGAAAUGCUGGCGGAAAGUGUGGGCUCUGCUGUAUGCAGGAGGCCCAUCCGGCGUAGCUCGGCUGGAAAGCUGGGACGUUCGUGAUGGUGGCCUGGGGCCAGCAGGUGACAGACCCACAGGGCCUAGCAGGCGAGGGGAACGUCGGGUCAUUCGCUUGGCUGACUGUGUGUCGGUUCUUCCGGCGGAUGGUGAGAGCUGCCCCAGGGACACCGGUGCCUUCCUGAUUACCACCACUGAGCGAAGCCACCUUCUAGCUGCACAACACCGCCAGUCAUGGAUGGGUCCCAUCUGCCAUCUGGCCUUCCCGGGCACUGGAGAAUGUUCUUCAGGAUUAGGACAGGCUGAGAUUCCAAAAAGGGGCUUUGUUCCCAUGGAGGAAAACUCUAUCUACUCCUCCUGGCAGGAAGGGGGUGAGUUUCCAGUGGUGGUUCAGAGGACAGAGGCAACCACCCGCUGCCAGCUGAGAGGACCCUACCUCCUGGUGUUGGGCCAGGAUGACAUCCAGCUUCGGGAGAUCUCCAGCCCCCAGGCCUUCUAUAGCUGGCCCUACCGGUUCCUGCGCAAGUUCGGCUCUGACAAGGGUGUGUUCUCUUUUGAGGCUGGCCGCCGUUGUGACUCAGGCGAGGGCCUUUUUGCCUUCAGCAGUCCACGUGCCCCAGACAUAUGUGGAGCUGUGGCUGCUGCCAUUGCCCGCCAGCGGGAGCGCCUUCCGGAGCUGGCCAUGUCCCCGCCCUGCCCCCUGCCUCGGGCCCUCUCUCUGCCCUCCCUCGAGCCCCCCGGAGAGCUUCGGGAGAUGGCCCCAGGAUCUGAACUGGCCACUUCCAGAAAGCUGCCUGUAACUGACCCUGGGCCUCAAAGCCUGCCACUGCUGCUCAGCCCCACAAAAGAAGAAACAGUGUCUGGUCUCUAUGCGUCUGUGUGCAAGCAGACCAGCAAGCCCACGGCCACCAUGGAGCACUUCUAUGAGAACCUGUGCAUGCUGGAGGCCAGUCCUGGGCUGGCCAAUGGGGGUCCUGAGUCUCCAGAGGGCCCUCCUGGUGGCCGUAGCCCCCUGGGCAGCCCCGUCUACCACAACAGUGAAGACCUGAGUUGGCCUGGCUCAGCCCCUGACAGCAACUUGGAAGCCCAGUACCGAAGGCUGCUAGAGCUCGAUGACGCUGGGGCCACUGGCCGCUCUGGUGCACAGAUGGGCAUCAAGGCCAAGCUGGUGACCCUGCUGAGCCGGGAACGGAAGAAGGCCCCUGCUCCUUCUGACCGGCCCUGAAGGCCUGUGCAGUAGCUGUGGGACAGAGGCGAUCUCUCAGAAUCUCAGAAACAGGAGGGAGCAACUUUGAACAGAUCCCCUGUCCAGCCUGACCUGCAGGGGCAAGCCAGGCAGCCUGGGGAGGAGUCACAUCUGCCCUCCCUACUUCCAGCAGACACCGUACAGAUUGACCAAUAAUAAAGCUUGCCUAGCAAC